AUGUCUCAACAAAAGUCAGGUAUGUCCAUUAUUGAUAUCUUCUCAGCCUCUUCUUCCCCUCACUCGGAGCUUGGGUCUGUUGCUCGCCAAGUACUGGCUGGUUGCUUCCCCACUCUGGCUAUCCUCUCCGUCUACGACAAGACUGGCCUUCUGGACCUGGCCAAGGGUCUGGUCAAGCAAAAUGUCCGUCUGCUCGCGUCUGGUGGUACCGCCAGAAUGAUCCGUGAAGCUGGGUUCCCGGUUGAGGAUGUCUCGGCUAUUACUCACGCUCCUGAGAUGCUCGGUGGCCGUGUCAAGACCCUUCACCCCGCUGUCCACGGUGGUAUCCUUGCUCGCGACAUCGAGUCCGACGAGAAGGAUCUGGCCGACCAGAAGAUUGCCAAGGUUGACUUCGUCGUUUGCAACCUCUACCCCUUCAAGGAGACCGUAAACAAGGUCAAUGUCACCAUCGCCGAGGCCGUUGAGGAGAUUGAUAUCGGCGGUGUAACCCUUCUGCGCGCUGCUGCCAAGAACCACGCUCGUGUCACCAUCCUCUCUGACCCCCAGGACUACCCCGAGUUCCUGAAGGAGCUGGAAGCUGGAGAGAUCUCCGCGGCCAGCCGGAAGCUGUACGCCCUCAAGGCUUUUGAACACACUGCGGACUACGACACUGCCAUCUCGGGCUUCUUCCGCAAGCAGUAUGCUGGUAACGGCGAGCAGCACUUGUCUCUGCGCUAUGGUGCCAACCCUCACCAGAAGCCUGCCUCUGCUUACAUGCUCAAUGGCAAGCUGCCCUUCAAGGCUCUUAAUGGAUCCCCGGGCUACAUCAACCUGCUCGAUGCCCUCAACGCCUGGGCUCUGGUGAAGGAGCUCAAGCAAGCUCUUGGCUACCCCGCUGCAGCCAGCUUCAAGCACGUCUCUCCUGCCGGUGCUGCCGUCGGUGUCCCCCUGAGCGAGAAGGAGCGCAAGGUCUACAUGGUUGAUGAUAUUGCCGGUAUCGAGACUUCUGGACUGGCCCAGGCUUAUGCUCGUGCCCGUGGAGCGGACCGCAUGUCCAGUUUCGGAGAUCUACUUGCUCUCAGCGACGUCUGUGAUGUUCCCACUGCCAAGAUUAUCUCUCGUGAGGUGUCGGACGGUGUUAUCGCCGCUGGCUACACCCCUGAGGCGCUAGAGAUCCUCUCCAAGAAGAAGGGUGGCAAGUACCUUGUCCUGCAGAUGGACGAGCACUACGUUCCCGCUUCCGAGGAGACUCGCACUGUCUACGGUGUUCAGCUCAGCCAACAGCGCAACGACGUCGUCAUCUCACCCCAGAAGACUUUCAACACCAUCAUCACUCCUAAGGACAUGAAGGCCCUUCCCGACUCUGCUCUGCGGGAUCUCACUGUGGCCACCAUCGCUCUGAAGUACACUCAGUCCAACUCGGUCUGCUACGCCCUGAACGGCCAGGUCAUCGGUCUGGGUGCUGGUCAGCAGAGCCGUAUCCACUGCACUCGUCUGGCCGGCGACAAGGCCGACAACUGGUGGAUGCGCUUCCACGAGCGUGUGCUGAACAUCAAGUGGAAGGCCGGCACCAAGCGUGCUGACAAGAGCAAUGCCAUCGACCUUCUCUGCUCCGGACAGACCCCCCGUAACGAUGUCGAGAAGGCCGAGUACGAGCGCGUCUUCGAGGAAGUUCCUGCUCCUUUCACCCAGGAGGAGCGUGACAGCUGGCUGUCGAAGAUGGGAGAGGUUGCCGUCUCGUCCGACGCUUUCUUCCCCUUCAUCGAUAACGUGUUCCGUGCUGCUCGUUCGGGUGCCAAGUACAUCGCUGCCCCCAGCGGUAGCCAGAAUGAUGGCCCUGUCUUCGAGACGGCCGAGAAGCUGGGUAUCGUCUUCGUCGAACAGGGUACUCGUCUGUUCCACCACUAA